AUGAGGGAGUCUCUCGAGUGGAUUAAGGAAUCGCUCGAGGAGGCUUUGGAAGACCGAGAUGAAGAAAGUGCCGAUGGCAUCCCACUAGUACCGAUAACGGAUUAUUCAUCAGCUGCAAUGGAUUCACCAACUUUUAUGCGAUUUCUUCGUGCUUGCGGUAUUGAACCACCCUCGAAUGAACAGGAAGCUUAUUGGCGAAUACCAGCCACAAUGCUUUCAUCUACAAUACGUAAACGUUGCGAUUUAAUCGCUAAAGCCCUAGCUGGAGAUUUUAUCCAAGAAUCGGUUACCACUGAAAAAGAUAUAGUAGAUAGUGUUAGCGAAUCAGAUGAUGAAGACACUCAGCGCGAUAUCGAUAAAAUAAAAAAUAUGUUUAAGCAGAAAUCGAAAUUACAAAAUAAAAAACAGGUUGUCAAGAGUAAAGUUUUCAACUUGAGCAGUGAUGAAGAUUCUGGGGAAUCUUCAUCUUUGAUGAAAGAAAAAUCUGUACUGGUUGAUAAAGAUAAAAAAAUAGAUAAUGGUGGAAAGGAAGGAAGAGGACGUACAAAUAUAUCAAAAGUACGGCAAGGAAAAUUAAAUUCAAGUCGAAUUAAAUCCAUCGUAAAUUCAUCAGACUCGGAAAUGGAAAUUGAAACUACUAAAAUUACUACAGAUAGUGAAGAAGCUAAAAGAAUUAGAUCGGAAAACUCAGAUUCAGAAACUCCGGUAUUAAAAAAGCGCCGAGUUAUUGACAGCGAAGAUGAUGAAGAUAAAAAAGAGGAAGAAAGUGAUUUUGAUAAACUUUUAAAGUCGAGUGAGUCAAAACAAAGUCGUAUAAUCAUCAGUGAUAAUGAGAGUGAUGCUGAUGAAAUAAAUCAACCAAGUGAGUCCAAACAAUCUAGGAAAAUUUUCAGUGAUGAUGAUGAUGAUGAGGAUUAG